CUGGGGGCGUGGUUACCGCAUAGUGGGCGUGGUUUGAUCGGCAUAUAAAAGGCUGCGCCGAGCCCCUCACGCCCGUCACGAGGUCUUGGCGAAGAUGGAGCCCGAGUCUCCCCCCCGCGAGCUGGAGCUGUCGGCGCUGGAGGCCGAGAAGCAGCCGAUGGCCGCGGCCGAGCCGGGGACCCCUCCCCAGGCGCCCCCUCCCCAGCGCGACCCCUCCCCGGGCCCGGAGCAGCACCCGGGCGCCGAGAAGAACGGGCUGGUGAUGAAGAUCCCCCCCGAGGAGGAGGAGGAGGCGGCCCUGGGGGGCACGGGGGCCUCGGGGAGCCCCAAGUUCACGGGGCUGGGCAAGGAGGAGCUGCUGCGGGAGGCGGGGACGCCGCUCUGGGCCCGCGCCCGCCUGGUGCUGCUCGUGCUCUUCUGGGGGGGCUGGCUGGGCAUGCUGGGGGCCGCGGCUGCCAUCGUGGCACAGGCGCCCCGCUGCCAGCCCCUGCCCGCCAAGGCCUGGUGGGAGCUCGGGGCGCUCUACAGGGCCCCCCCCAAGGCUUUCGGGGGAGACCUGAAAGGCGUGGAGAAGCGUUUGGGGUACCUGAAGGAGAAGCUGCAGGUGGGGGGGCUGGUGCUGGGCCCCGUGGCCCCCCAAAAACCCCCCGGGGGGCUCCUCCCCCCCCUGAAGGAGCUGGACCCCGCCCUGGGCACCCUCCAGGACUUCCAGGCCCUGCUGCAGGCAGCCAAGGACAAAGGUGGGCUGGGGGGGACCCCGAAACCGGGGGGACCCCAAAAUGGGGGGGGGGGAGAGGGGGUGCUGGUGGGGGGCACUCGGCUGAAGGAGCCCUGGAGGGUCCCGGGGGUCCCGGGGGGGCUGCGGCUGCUGCUGGGGCCCUUCCUGCAGCCCCUGCAGCCCGGAGGCAGCGCGGGAUCGCCCGAGGCAGCGGCGAGAGACCUGCUCGGCUUCCUGGGCAACUCCUCCGGGAUGGGGCUGGGCUGGAGCGUGAGUCUGCACCCCAAAAUCCCGAGCCUGCUCGGCUUCCUGGGCAACUCCUCCGGGAUGGGGCUGGGCUGGAGCGUGGGGAGGUUUGGGGGGCUGCAGUUCCUGGCCCCGGGCCAGCAGCUGCCGCCGAUGCCGUGGGAAAUCAUCGAGGAACCGAAAAAAGGCGGGAACGGCUCCGAGCCCCCCGAGCUGGAGCUGUGCACGGCCCUGGCCUCGCUGCGCGCCCACGAGCGCUCGCUGCUGCUGGGGGAGGCGCGGGCGGUGCCGGCGGGCGCGGCCAUCGCGCUGCUGCGGCGCUGGGACCAGAGCCAGCGCUUCCUGCUGCUGCUCAACCCCCGCGGCGAGGCCGUCCGGCCCUUCCCGGGCAGCGCGGACCCCCGGGACCCCCCCCUGCCCGCGGCGGCCACGCUGCACUUCAGCACGGGCCCCGGGCAGCGCGGGGAGCAGCAGCUGCAGCUGCAGCAGCUCAGCCUGGAGCCCCGCCAGGGGCUGCUGCUGGGCUUCCCCUACAGCCCCGAGUGACCCCGGCCCCCCCCACGCUCGU